AUGAACACUCAGCAGCUGGAGCAAAUGGGCCAGUUCAAGGUCACCGUGUGGGAGGAGGAGAACUUCCAGGGAAAGCGCUGCGAGUUCAUGCUGGAGUGCCAGAACAUCAUGGAGAGAGGCUUCAACAAGAUCCGCUCCAUCAAGGUCGAGAACGGACCAUGGGUGGGUUACGAGUACCCUGAGUUCCAGGGGCAGCAGUUCAUCCUGGAAAAAGGAGACUACCCUCGCCACGAGGCCUGGAGCGGAAAUAGCAGCUACAGAACCGAGCACAUUCUUUCUUUCAGACCCAUUAAGUGUGCUAACCACAGUGACAGCAAGGUGACUCUGUACGAGAGCGAGGACCUCCAGGGUCGUAAAUUCGAGGUGUGCGAUGACUACCCCUCUCUACAGGCCAUGGGUUGGUGUACCAAAGAGGUUCCUUCCAUCAAAGUCAACUCGGGGGCCUGGGUGGCGUAUCAGUUCCCUGGUUACCGAGGUUACCAGUACAUCCUGGAGAGAGACAAACACCAAGGCGAGUACAAAAACUACAACGAGUUCAGCACCCAAGCUCACACCAAUCAGGUGCAGUCCAUCCGGAGAAUCCAGCACUAG